GCGUUAGCUCACAUUCAUCGGCACCUACUUUACCCACUCUUUUUUUUUUCUCUCUAUAAACUUUGAAACCCAUUUUAUAAAUCUAAAGAACUUGUUAUUAUUUUACUGUGUUUGAAAACGUUUUUUGAUUUGAUCAGUUUUUUAGAGAAAAAAAUGGGGUCAGUGGCAGAGUUCGAAAGUGAAACAACCCAUACACCAAAGCUUUCACUGUAUUUGUUUCCAAGUAAGGCGGCGGAAGAGCCGCCAGGUAUCGCGACGCCGCCGAUCCAUACCUCAGCUUCGAUUCCAUUCCAGUGGGAGGAAGCGCCAGGCAAGCCUAGGUCUUGUCCCGCCGGUGAAAGUCAACCAAAGCCACAUACUGCAAGAUGCUUGGAACUGCCUCCGAGGUUGUUAGCCGAGGCUAAGGUUGCUAACAUGCCGUCUCCAACGACUGUCUUGGACGGGCCUGAUUCGGGUCGGGUUGUGUCUCGUACCUUGUCGUUUCGGAAAGGCGGGUCUUUUAGGAGCCCUGAUAACAAGAGAUUGAGUAAGGAGAAAGUUCUGUUCGGGUCGAGUCGGUGGGGGAGUUUUAGAAAAGCUGGACGAGGUGUUCAGGGAAGUAGUUUUGGGUCUUCAGAUCCUCCGGUGGUUGACGGCCGUGAUGGUGGCGGAAGUGGCGGCGGUACACAGGUGAAGAUCACGAGAGUUAGGCGGAAAGGGAGCCUGUUGAGCCUUACUCAAGCUAGGUCACACGUAUUGGCAAGCAUUUAUGAAAGCUUUAAGCAAGUGGUCCCAUGGAGACGUGGAGAAGGGAAAAUGAAGAAGAAGGGCUCCUGAACUCAUUACCCACCGUUUGAUCUUGUGAGAUUAGAUCAGUCUAACUCUUGUAUAGGGAAAAAAAACAAACAACAUAUACGUUAUGUUAUAUUAUAUUAUAUUAUAUUUCAGGGUAUUUUACAAUAUAUUCUGUUUGGUCAAAUUUCAUGUAAUAAUGAAUAGUUUAGAACCCUAAGCCUUCUUCACACAGUACAGUGUGAGGUUCAUUAAACCAUUUGAUACAAAGCAUUAAUGGAAACAAUUUGUUACGACAAA